CCCAGGCGUAGUGGUGCCUCUCGUUCCUCGCGGGCUUGCCGCCAGCCGUCCCGUGUCGCAGCGGUAUCUCGCUUUACAACGGCCCCUGCUACGCGGACACCUCGGAGAGGUCCUUGGGGGGGCGGGGUAAGAGAAGUCCACUCUCUGAUUCGCCGCCGCUUUGGCAGGGAGGAGCCAAUGCGCGCCAGCAACGGGCAGCGGUGGGGGCGGGGCCUGGCCAAGCGCGCAGGCGAUUGGUGGAGGCGGGGCGCGGAGCGUGACGGGCUUCCUGUUUGGCAUGUCUUUUGUAAAGACAGUCUUGUAUCCACAGUGGAAUAUGCUUCAAGUGAUGCUUGUGUCUUGGCAAAUGAUGGCAAAAAUAUCCAGGAAAAGGGGAAGGAGGCUGGUCCCAGGCUGGAGCUGGAGCCGGAGCACACAGAUUCAAGUACACAGACUUACUCCACAGAAGAGCUACUUGAUAAUUUCAUAAAAUCUGAGCAGGCUGCUGAAAUGAGUGAAACGAGCCAGCCUGAAGCUCAGACUCCACCUUCAGUAGAUGUAAAUGAAGCUUCAUCUAGCAUAGUUGCAAGCACUGAAAAUAAUUCCAGUUCAUCCUCCUCAGAGAGAUCUACAGUCUCACAGCCUGAAAAAUGGAACCCAGCUCCUCCCAGCCUCAUCUCCUGCCUUCCAGCCCAGGACCAGGAGCAGCACCACAAAGCAGCCAUCACCGCACAGGAGCCACUCCAGCACCCAGCCUUCAGUAGAGGCUGGCUCCAGCACUGCAGCUCCCAAGCAAGGAUGGUGACCUUCCUCUUGGGACACUGGCUGCACCAGGACCUGAUGGAAGAGACCAGCACUGGAGUGUUGGACCCCUGGAUCUCCCCAAGGCAGACAGUGGACCACACCGCCAAACAGGAAACGGCACCAGGACCCCAAACUCCUGCACGGAAGGGCAGCUGGAGCCCCUCCACCAGCACGGGCAGCACUUAGCCCACUUCUCACCUCUGACUCCAUCAAUCCCAUUCCUCCAGGAGAGCACCUGCCACACACCUUCAGGGCUGAAAGAAAAGCAUGGUGAAGCCUCGCCUCGAGGGAUGGCCCAGGCAUGCCACACACUGUCACCCCCAAACAGAAGGGGCUUUUGUCCCUGGCACAGAGCUCCAGCCACAAACUCGAUCCCAGGGGCAGCGCAUACGGGUUGGAGACAAAAGGACACAGCUCACCUCGCUCCGCAGAGGCACCGGAGUCACACUGCCCCGAUUCUUGCUCUGGCCCUGAGCCUGCAGGAAGAGCUGGGUGAACUGCCUCCAAGGGGCCGAUGGGGUGGAAGCCUCUGCACCUAGGCACGAGGGUGGACAGCCCUCAAGUUCAAGGGCUCGCACCCCUGGGCCCCCGUCGCUCACCUCCAUCAUCCCACCUCUGAUGAAACAGAGUAAUGGCUGCGAGGGUUGACAAAAACAGCUAUUUUACUAGAUGAUGCAACUAAAAGUGGGUCAGCACUACAGCCUGCAGCUGGCCUGUUAUUUGAACUCUUUGAAAGCCUCCAAAUUCUUCCAGUUGAUCAAACUGAAUCAAUGCCACCAAUGACAGUCAGUCUGAGUACUGUAUGUUCUCAGCCGUUGAUUCAAAUUUCAGUGAAUGUUGAUAGCUUCAAUUCUCAGUGUGUUUUGUAGUUGUGGGUUUUUUUUAUUUAUGCUGACUCUGUACUUCUUUAGACUAACAGUGUGGCUCAUAGAAGAUAACUGGUUGAAUGGAAGGAGCAUAGGAUUUUGAAAAUGUCAAAGCUGUGACAAUGCUAUAGUAUUCUGACCUCCAAAAACACAACCUGGAUAUUUUCCUGUGACAUCAGAGUGAGAGAAUGGCUCCAGUGAGUGUCUGAUUCCCUGUAUUUCUUCCACCUGCUGCUAGUAAAAACAAUUUCAGUUGAA